UGCUGGUUCUAUGUGUUAAUCCAUUUUGAGUUCUCUCUGGUCUGUGUCCAUUUUCGUGUGUGUAUAAAAUGAGGCCAUGGAGAUGUGGUCCAACUGUGGUGUUUGCCAGCACAGUCCUAGGGAAUUGGUGGUUAUGGGACUGUGACAGCCAUUGGGGCUGCCCCAGGAGGAAAGGAAAGGAUAACUUUAUUUAGCCAACACUGUUCUAAGUACUUUAUAAAUAUAAAAUCCUUUAAGUAGUAUGUAACUGAACAUCUUCCCUCUACUGGGCACUUUCUAUUACUGUAUUUGAUCCUCACAGCAGCUGUGUAUUAUUAUCUCUGUUUUACAAAUGGGGCAGUUGAAGCUCAGGUCAUACAGACAGAUAGUAAGUGAGGGAGUCAGAUUUCCAACCUGGUCUGCCUUUGAGGUUUUCAUUCUUAUAAGGAUGAUGUCGACUUCACUCUGGAUCUGGUUUUUUCAUCACCACAUUUAGAGUACAUUUUAGGGUUUGAGCCAGUUUUGAUUGUUUUGAUUUACUGAUGAAACUCCACAUUCAUCCCUGGAAUUCUCUUGGGAGUUUAGAGGAAUGGCCCCACCAACCUCCUUGAUUAUAUUUUCUAAAACAAAAUUUAUUGUAAGGAAUGGAAAUUAUGAACAAAGUAUGUACCACUAUCUCUUUUUGUUGUCGAAGUUGGUUUAUUGGCUGCUGUUAUCAAUUCUUAUCAAAAUUAAAGCACCUUAAUAUGUUCAGCAAUUUCUUUGGGCCAAUAAAUAUUUUCAGGACCUAAGCAGAUUACCAGUGCCAUGUCCCCUUUUUCUGUGGCUCCACCCCCUAAGAAAACUUGCGUGUCUGCCUGUAGUUGAUGUGCAGUUGUUUCUGCCCCCGAAACCAAUGGGGCUUGAUGAAAACCCUAGAAAGUAGAAACUCGUGGGAGAGAAAAGACAAGUUCACAAGGUUCCUGGGUGGAGCUUCCCAUGAACAGCAGCAAUGGCAAUGAUAAUGGCAAUGGGAAAAAUGGGGGGCUGGAACACGUACCAUCCUCAUCCUCCAUCCACAACGGAGACAUGGAGAAGAUUCUUUUGGAUGCACAACAUGAAUCAGGACAGAGUAGUUCAAGAGGCAGUUCUCACUGUGACAGCCCUUCCCCUCAAGAAGAUGGGCAGAUCAUGUUUGAUGUGGAAAUGCACACCAGCAGGGACCACAGCUCGCAGUCAGAAGAAGAAGUGGUAGAAGGAGAGAAGGAAGUUGAAGCUAUGAAGAAAAGUGCAGACUGGGUAUCAGACUGGUCCAGUAGACCUGAAAACAUUCCACCAAAGGAGUUCCACUUCAGGCACCCUAAACGUUCUGUGUCUUUAAGCAUGAGGAAAAGUGGAGCCAUGAAGAAAGGGGGUAUUUUCUCUGCAGAAUUUCUGAAGGUGUUUAUUCCAUCUCUCUUCCUUUCUCAUGUUUUGGCUUUGGGACUAGGCAUCUAUAUUGGAAAACGACUGAGCACACCUUCUGCCAGCACCUACUGAGGGAAAGGAAAGCCCUGGAAAUGCGCGUGACCUGUGAAGUGGUGUAUUGUCACAGUAGCUUAUUUGAAUUUGAGACCAUUGUAAGCAUGACCCAACUACCACCCUAUUUUUACAUAUCCAAUUCCAGUAACUCUCAAAUCCAGUAUUUUAUUCAGACUCUGUUGAGGCAUUUUACUAACCUUAUUUCCUUUUUGGCCUGUAAGACACUAUAGAAUUUCCUAACAGAGUUUACUGUUGUUUAGAAAUUUGCAAGGGCUUCUUUUCCGUAAAUGCCACCAGCAGAUUAUAAUUUUGUCAACAAUGCUGUUAUCUCUGAUUAGUACACCAGACUUAGACCUGUAUCAUUCAUGGUAUAAAUUUUACUCUUGCAACAUAACUACCAUCUUGCCCUUAAAAUGAGAUCAGGUUAGCAAAUGGUAUAAAAAAAGCUUUGUUUCUUUUUUUUUUUUUUUAAAGACAAAGGCAAGCUUCCCUAAGCUUGAAUUUAUAGUUAUUAAAAAUAAAUUUCAAAAAAAUUGAAAAAGCAAGACAUAAGAAAAAAAUAUCCUGGGCAAUAAAAAGAAUUAUUUUAAACCAGCUUUGGAGCCACUUUUUUGUCUAAGCCUCCUCAUAGCGCCUUUUAAUUUGUAGGAGGCAAGCUGUAUAAAUGAUAGGUAUGAAACAGGAUAAGAACUAAAAUACAUCAGCAGAUUUUAAUAUUCGUAUGUUGUAAUGCUGUCUUUUCUAUGGUGUAGAAUCUUUCUUCUGAUAAGGAACGUCUCAGGCCUAGAAAUAUAUGAAAUUGCUUUUGAGAUUUUUGUGUGUUUGGUAUCUUUACGUUUAUUAGCUGCAUGUGAAUUUUUCAUGACUUUCUUUUAAAAUUUUUUUAUUUCUUUUUUCUUUAAGAAGAGGCUUUUCCAGUUUGUGGUGUUAAUACAGGCUUCUUGUUUUAGGAAGCAUCACUUAUACUCUGAAGCCUUUAAACUCUGAAGAAAUCGUUUCAGAGUUAUUCCAAGUACUUGUGCAACUUUGAAAAGCAUAACUUGGGUGGUGGGAACAGUUGACAAGGUUCUGAAAAGAUGCCAUUUGUUUCCUUCCAAUCUCUCACUUAUCAAUGUUUACUCUGCAGUCUUCCCAAGGUGAUUCCUGUGACCCUGCAGGAACUGCUAAUUUUCUUACGUAGCUAUCUUUUCAGUUAUAUUAAACUCUUGAAAUUCCAGAACACUCAGCAAAUUCCUUCCCUUAUAUAUUUCUUUGUUUAUUUCUCAAAUGUGAAGCUUUAGGACCAAAUUGUUAGAAAGCAUCAGGAUUACCAGUUAUCUCAAGUAGAUUUUAUUGGCUUUCAGAACACAUGGCAUGGCUCUGAAGGAAACUACUAUAUGUUUUAUAUAUAAAUAAUUACUGUUUAUGAUAUAGACAUUGCUAUUGGAUAUUUAGAAAAGCAUUGUUAAUUUUAAAACUAGCAAAUCUAUAAAGUGCAUCAGGUUGACCUGAAUAAAAAUACUAUGACAACCAAGUUUGCCAGUUUGCGGAAACUAUUUAACUCUUCUGACAUCAAGGUUUGUAAAAUUGAUGUGUUAUAGUGGAAAAUAACAUACAAAUUAAACAACAAAAAAUUGUCUAUCUUUUUUCAAGAAUAUAGCUGGCUGUCUUUAAGAAAGAUGAUAUAAGUAGUUUUCUGAGGUUUAUUUUUCUUUCUAGCAUUUGAUAUCUAAAUAAUUUUGGAUAUCGUUUUAUUAUACCUUAUUUCUGUCUUACUCUUGAAACUAGUAACACUUGAUUUGCCUUCUGUAAGCUAUUUAUUUCAAGUGUUCAUAUAUGAAUUUCUUUAGGGAGAAAGUAAACCUGAUGGCCCACUGAUUUUGAAAAACCUGAAUAAAAUUGGAAAAGUUAGUGAAGUUAUGAGAACUAAACAGCUAAACUGCUACAAUAUACAAUUUGUAUUAUAAUUUAUAUCAGGGGAGGGAAAAGUAAAAUAACACUUUCAAUAAAAGCAGCUUGUAACAAGCAGCACAUUGCGCUCUUUCCAAAUUCAGUAGCAAUUCUAUCAGUAUACAGUUGAACUUGGGUAUAUUUCUUUCUUUCAACAUUGAAAAUAAGUUUAGUUUUUCCCUUAAAGUAUCUGUGAAAUUAUGGAAUAUUACUCAAAACACGACUAUUUCAUCACAGUAGAACUUACUGUACGAUGAGAUCAUGCAGUAUUUAUUGAUGGCCCUAACAUAUGGGUUGGAUGUUUUUGUUCUUGCUUAAGCUUUGCGUUGAACAGAAACAGAUUGUAUGAUUGGAAAGGAGAAUUCAACAAUUAACAGUUGAAAUUUUAAGAUUAAUGUUUAAAAAGCUUUACACCUGUUUACAAUUUGGGGACAAAAAGGCAGGCUUCAUUUUUCAUAUGUUUCAUGAAAACUAGCUUAAUAUAUUUGUAAAUAGAAUCAAAAGCAAAACUGCACAAACUUGCACAUUGAAAAGUGCAACACGUUCCCUUGAUUGCAGUAAAAAUAUUUGCUAUUCUAAAAAAUGAAAAUCCAAGACUUAGCCAGUCAGAUGAAUUUUUAAAUGAACCAGUUGUGGAAUUUAUUGGAAUUAACUGAGCCAAAGUGAUUAUGCAUUCUCCAUCUAUUUAGUUAGCACUUUGUAUCAUCAUAUACAGUUUACAAUACAUGUAUAACUUGUAGCUAUAAACAUUUGUGCCAUUAAAGCUCUCACAAAACCUU